AUGGGCUCCACACGCAACAGCAAGUCCAACGACGACGUCGCCGUCGAGAACGUCGACUACUCGUCCGACAACAACGUCCCCGCCAAACAGGACUAUCCCGCCAGCCUCGAAGGCCUCAAUACCGAUGAAUACAACAAGAUCCGGCGUCGUGCCGUCUUCAAGAUGGACAUUCAGCUCCUCCCUACACUGGUCAUCAUGUACAUCCUGAACUUUCUCGAUCGCCAGAACAUCGCCAGUGCUCGUCUCGCUGGCAUUACCACGGAUCUCGAUCUGUCCCAGACCCAGUACCAGACUUGCGUUUCCAUCCUCUUCGUGGGAUAUAUCCUGAUGCAGGUUCCGUCCAACAUGAUGCUCGCCAAGAUCAAAUACCCAGGAGCGUAUAUCUGCUCUGCUAUGGCACUCUGGGGCGUAGUCUCUGCAACUAUGGGCUCGGUGCACAGCUUUGCCGGUCUGCUCAUUACCCGAUUCUUCAUUGGCUUCGUCGAGGCUGUCUUCUUCCCAGGAGCACUGUACUUUCUCAGUUUGUUCUACAACCGCAAGCAAUACGCCUUCCGCGCCGCAAUCCUCUACUCCGGCUCGCAACUUGGCAACGCCUUCGGCGGCCUUUUCGCAAUCGGCAUCCUCAAACUCGACGGCGCCCACGGCAUCGAAGGCUGGCGCUGGCUCUUCAUCGUCGAAGGCGUCCUGACCGUCGGCCUAGCCAUCCUCUUCGUCUUCAUCCUCCCCAACUCGCCAACCUCAAUCCGCUGGCUCACCAAGCCCGAAAUCGACCUCCUCCGCCACGAAUACCAACUCGACCAGGGUCAAGACGACAACGCCAGCGAAAUCACCGCGAAGCAAGGCUUCUUCAUGGCCGUCACGGACCCCAAAACCUGGCUUCUCAUGGCAACCCUCUACUGCAUCUUCAUCUCCGCCGCCGUGACAAACUUCUUCCCCUCCGUCGUCGCCACGCUCGGCUUCAGCCGCAACACCACCCUCGGCCUCACCGCCCCGCCCUACGUCCUCGCCAUCUUCGUCAUGACCGCCAUCGGCUUCCACUCCGACCGCAAGCAGGAGCGCUACUGGCACAUCAUCUGCCCGCUCUUCGUCACUUUAGCCGCAAACAUUAUCGCUGUCAGCACCACCAACACCGCUGCCCGCUACAUCGCGAUGAUGCUGAUGCCGCCAUCCUUCUACUCCGCCUCUACCGUCCUCCUCUCCUGGAUCACGGGCUCGAUCUCCCAGCCCGCGGUAAAGCGCGCCAGCGCCAUCGCGUUGAUCAACGCGACGGUCAACACGCCGAAUAUCUGGACGAGCUAUUUGUAUUCGGGCGCGCCGAGGUAUCUGGUGGCAUUCAUGGUGAAUCUUGCGGCGGCGGCGGGCGCGAUUGUGCUGGCGACGAUAACCAUGAUCUACUUGCGCAGGGUCAACAAGAAAUUGGACGAGGGCAAGGAUACGGGGAAGAGUGGCCCGACUGCGGCGCAGAGGGAGGCUGGUUUCCGGUAUACUCUGUAG